UUGGACAAUUUGAUUAAUUAUUUAAUAUUAAACUAUAAAGCAAAAUGAAAGUAACCAUUGUUCUCUUGGCAGCUGUAUUCUGCUUUGCUGCAGUAAAUACCGCCACUAUUGAAAAACCUGAACCUUUCGACUUGUUAAUCGAUGAAGCUUUUGCCGAUGAAAUAAUUGAAGUAGAAACACAAAGUAUUUUCAGCGGUUUCUAUUGGGUUUUAAAGGCUGCUUUGCGUUCAUUGAAAGGUGUUAAUUGUAGCAUUAAACAGGUCAUUAUUAUUAAGGGAGCUACACAAGAUUUUGUUGAUCAUAUCCGUGGAUGUGGUAGCGAUGCUGUUAAUGCUUUCAAAGAUGUUUUAACUGCUGCUCAAUCUGUGAUUACCACCUGCAACAAUAUUAUCCAUCUUAAUCAGAAUGUUUGUAAUAAUGAUGAAUCAACCAAUGGCAAACCAUCUACUCCUUUCUCCUGUUUUAUUAAAUUAUUGAGACAAUUCCUUACGUUGAGAAAUCAAAUUAAGAGUACUUUGAAAGCUAUUAAAAAAGUACCCGCCGUACCCGGUGAUGCUGCUGUUUGCACCAGUAAUGCUGUUAGUGAAUUAACUAAUUACUUUACCUCCUUCCCAUCUAAUGUCAAAACUUGCUCUAAGUUGACACAUUAAGUUUAUAAACUAUAAUGCAAAAUUUUGUCCUUAGAUAAAAACACUAUAAGUAUUGGAAAUAAAAAUUUCU